AUGCUCGGGCGAUCAGGAGCGAGGCCGGCGCGAGCGGCAGCGGGAGCGGGCCGCCGGCGCAACGCGCGGCAGUCUGCGCCCCGCGCUCGCCACAAAGCGAUCGCCUCCGCCGCAGCUAUGGACACGGCCCGCUCCCCCGUACUACGCGAGUCCGCUCCCCCGUGCGCGCCCGCCACCGCCGCCGCUCCCGCGUGCGCGCCUGCGCCCGCGCCCUUCCCCGCCUCACCGUCGCACCUCCGCCGCACGCUGCACUCGCUGCGCUCGCCGUUCCGCUCAGGCUCGCCCUUCCACAUCGGUUCGAUCAAACGCUCGGGCUCUACCAAAUCCUCCGCCUCAGACGGCGAUAUCGCGCGCGACGAACGCACGAUGCGUAAGAAAAUAAAAAAACAACGCGCCGACACGUCCAGCGACGCCUCGCGCAGCACCGACAGCUCGCCGAGUAUCGAUAAAAAGAAAAAGGAGGGCGGUUUCAUGCGGCGGAUGGGCACUAUCGGUAAGAAACGAGCGGAGGAAUCUUCCCCGACGCCACCUCGAGACGACUCCUCGCCUUCUACAUCCCAGAUAGAUGAAUCUCCAUCGUCUCUCCCGCCGCAAUUUAUAGACGUUUCUUCCUCGUCGUCCCAGGCGGAUAACUUUUCUCCAACCGAAAUAGAAGAUAAAAUAAUGACGCCCCCGCAAUCGAAAGAAUCAACACCCCCGCCGCCGUCGCUACCCCCACCGCCGCAAUUAGAAGAACCGAAAACCUCUAUCGAGGAACAAACUACAACACAUUCCGGUGAACAAAACGAAAACAAUUCUCUGGAUAAUGAAACUACAACAGAACCCGUUCCUCUAACGCCGUCGCCAGAGCCUUUACUCAGUCCCAUCGCCGUGGAACAUGCGGUCGCCACGCGGCCAUUCACGAAGGAAGCUUGGAAACGUAAAACAAAACCUCUUGAAAUUCCAAAGCCAGUGGAGGAGCCGAGCCCGGGUAACGCAUUAAAGCGGCGUAUAGCGUUCGUUACGCAGGGCUCCGUAGGCGUCUCCGAAGAUCACGACGAUGACGACGACGACGACGACGAUGACGACGAAGAGGACACGAAGGGCAAGGUGGGGGGCGGGGAGGAGGUGGGGACGUUGGAAGAGGCGGUGGCGCUGGCGCGCGCGCGCCUGGCCGCCGCCGCCGCCGCGCCCUCACCCUCGCCGCCGCGCACGCCACGCUCGCCGCGCUCGCCGCCGCAGUCGCGUGACAACGACGAUACCGAAGAGGAGGGGUCCGCGGACACGAUGCCGGCAUACGGAGACCUCAUCGAGCCGGACAGCAAGGCGGGCAAUGGCGCGGGACCGUCGCACGCGACCCCUAGCGCCGAACGGCGGGAGCAUCUGUACAAGAUCCUGGUGAUAGGCGAAUUGGGUACUGGAAAGACGUCCAUAAUCAAGCGCUAUGUGCACCAGUUCUUCAGCCAACACUACCGCGCUACAAUCGGCGUUGACUUCGCCCUGAAAGUUCUUAAUUGGGACUCGAAUACAAUUAUUCGCUUGCAGCUAUGGGAUAUCGCAGGUCAAGAACGUUUCGGCAACAUGACGCGUGUGUACUACAAGGAGGCUGUGGGCGCGUUCAUCGUGUUCGACGUGUCGCGGGUGGCCACAUUCGAUGCUGUGGUCAAAUGGAAGAACGACCUCGACACCAAGGUGCAGCUGCCCGAUGGAACGCCCAUACCCUGUAUACUACUGGCUAAUAAGUGUGAUCAACAAAAAGAAGGUAUCGUGAAUUCUUCAGCCAAGAUGGAGGAGUAUUGCCGCGAGAAAGGCUUCGCUGGCUGGUUUGAGACAUCCGCUAAAGAGAACAUUAACAUCGAAGAGGCUGCCCGCUCUUUAGUCAAUAAGAUCCUUCUAAACGACAAGCUGCUACACAAUAAUGACAAGGACGGCGAAAGAUUCGCUCUCGAUCACAAGAUCGCUAACGGCGAGAACAGCAGAAGCGGCGGCGGCGGCAAGUCAUGUGCCUGCUGACCCAAUCGUUAGCCGCCUCCAUGCUGCAGUCUGCAACCGACCAAUCAAAACUCUGCAAAACGAUGCUGGACCAAUGGAAAAGCCAUCAAAAUAUGUUUUCAGGGACAAAUGUCAAACUUGGAACAAAUCAAAAUGUAGAAUCGAUGUAAAUUUGUACAUUUGUAACAAGAAAUAAUAAGUACAACUGUAUUGUUCUAUUUGAUUUUCUCUAAAAUUCUAAUUUUACAAUUUCGACUACGACCUUACAAAAUAUAUGUCUUCAUAAAUAUAAUAUCUAGAUUGUUCCUUAAAAACUGAGAGACCUUAAGUAAUAAUGAGUUAUCGUGUGUUUUUUGGUUUGAUUCUUAAGAGGAUAUUUAGAGAGAUAAAUAUUAUUUAAAGUGCCUACUCUGAUCGAAUUUAUGACAUGUUAAUUAUUGUAAUUUUGACUCCUAAUUAUUGUUUUUGUCUAUUAUUGAUACGUAAAUAGUUGUUAAUGAUAAGUGUGGUUAUCUAUAAGAUGGAUUUUAUGCGGUACAGUUAUCUGUUGUAAUGUUAAGUGGCUAUAUUUAUGUUAUUUUCAUUUUUCUUAUAAAUAAAAACGUUAAGUUUAAUCUAGCAAUUGCUGUGUAUAUUUUUAUAAUCUGUCCGUUUUUUUUUGUUUUUAAAUUUGUAACGACCGCGUAAUUUCCAUCAAUUGUCGAAGCACUAAUGUGCAUUUAUUCAUGGAUUUAUUGUGUGCCAUGUGCGGCUAAAGUCAUAAGCAAUUAUAAAGUACAUUAUUGUAAGAGUGUAUAAAAAGUACAUCUGUAACGUUGUGUUAUAAGUAUUACUUAUUUUACAAGCGAGAGAGAAAUUUA